AUGUCGUCCGCAUCCUCAACCCUUCCGCCCGACCUAUUUGACCAAACGACGCUCGUAUCCCUCGGGGCCACGGUCGUCCUCCUCUCCAUCGCCAUCGCCGUAUCCCGCCGCGUCCUGCACCCGACGACUUCGACGAGGUAUCGCGUCCUCUUCGUCUGGCACGCAUUCGACGCCCUGAUCCAUUUCUUUCUUGAGGGCAGCUUCCUAUACCACUGCUUUUUCUCCUAUAUUCCGCUCGCCGACGUGCCCAAUGCCGACCUUGGUGGGUUUCACCCGACGCCCGCGAACUUCCUGGGCCAUUCGGACCGCAUCUACGGCGCCCAGGCGGGCGGGGACAACCCCUUUGCGCAGCUAUGGAUGGUAUACGCGAGGGCGGAUAAGAGGUGGGCUGGUGCAGACUUGGGCGUGAUCUCGCUGGAGCUUUUGACCGUGUUUGGUGCCGGACCUUUGGCGGUCUGGAUCUGCUACUGCAUUGCCAAGCGCGAUCCUAAGGUCAAUAUUUGGAUGAUCAUCAUCGCGACUGCGGAGCUCUACGGAGGCUUCAUGACCUUCUGCCCUGAGUGGCUGACCGGCAACAUCUACCUGGACACCAGCAACUUCAUGUACCUGUGGGUUUACCUGGUCUUCUUCAACAUGCUGUGGGUGUUCAUUCCCUUGUAUGCCAUCUACGUCGCCUAUGGAGAGAUUUCGUCCGCCUUCAAGGUUCAGGGUGCGAGGAAGAACCUUUGA